AUGCGAUUCAUCACAAAACCCUUAGCCAUUCGAUCGCUGCAGUGGACGACGCUAUACCGGGGUUGCGAUUUGCAUGCUCCGACGAGACGCACUGGUCCAGGAGCGAAGGUCCUUUGCACGAGGGUGAUAAAUUUCAGUGUCGAGUCUCUGAACAGAGAAAGGGACGCUGCUUGUGAUGCAUCUGACUGCUCUGUAAGAUAUUCAAUUCCAGGGGGUAGCUGCUCGAGCAUUACAUUUAUCGGGGGAGUGGAGAAACCAAGUGGUCUAUUUGGAUAUCUUUCCCUUCUCAUCAUUGUCAAGUGGUGUACUGGCUCUCAGGCAGACCUUUAUCGUGUAAUGAUUUACAUAUUUUUAAGCCCUUUCGACAAUCUUGGCGAGAAUUAAUUGUUUUGGGGCCAAA